AUGGGUGGAAAAAGUCCUAAAGCAGUAAUAACUGACGGAGACCUUGCCAUGCAAGAUGCAAUCAAGAAUUGUCUUAUAUACGACAACAACGACCAGAGAGAAUUUGAUCGGAGAUGGGCAGCCAUUUUGGAUAAGCACAACCUUGUUAGGAGUACCUGGAUGAAAAAGACGUACGAAACUCGUGCGAUGUGGUCCCAUUGUUUCCUACGGGAUAAGUUUUUCGGUCACAUAAGGACGACAUCACAGUGCGAAGGUAUAAAUUCUCUCAUCAGAUUUUAUGUUAAUCGCAAGAACACCCUUAUUAAUUUCAUGCAUAACCUGGAUAGGGCCUUAAAGGAGUAUAGAAACAACGAAUUAAUAGCUGACUUUAAGUCUCAGUUCUCAGAGCCAGUGAUGAUUACCUCGUUGGAGGUAUAUGAAAAAUCUGCAUCAUGUUAUUUCACGCGAAACAUUUUCAAGGAAAUUUGUAAUGAGAUUCAGAGGGCAGGGGCUUUGAAUAUCAAGGUACUAAGCACAACUUUGGACAAGGUCGAGUUCAGUGUGACUGCUCUCGGAGACCCGGCCAAAGAUCGACGGGUGGAAGUCGAUAGAGGUAAGAAUAUGUUCUGGUGCUCGUGCAAGCUGUUUAAAUCACGUGGUAUUCCGUGUAGUCAUGUAUUCUGUGCCAUGAAGUUCGAAAACAUACUUGAGUUUCCAGAGUCGUUGAUCUACAAAAGGUGGACAAAGAAUGCAAAGAACGAAUUUAUUAGCACAGAAAUGCCUGUGAAUGAUGACGUCGAAAGGGUCUUAAAGUUUCAAGUUGGUGCAUUGGCAUCGAAUUGCAACAAGCCGUGUGAUAUUGCUUGUAAGGAUAUUGCAGAUUUUGAUGAAGUCCAGUCUGAAAUUGUCAAUUUAGUUAUCCGCCUGCAGUCACGCAAACAAGGCAAGUCAACUCCUAAUGUUAACGUGAAAGGCAUCAACGAUCCCUUUGUUGUCAAAAGCAAAGGAGCCCCUUCCAAGAGGUCUUCUUGGAGGAAGAAGAGAGCAUGCUCUAAUUGCCAUAAAUACGGUCAUUACUACAAGCGCUGUCCAGAUCUGAUGCAGCAUAGUGUGGAAGGUAACCAUCGCGAUCGAUCAGACGGCAAUGCAUCAGCCAAGGACUCAGGUUUUAGUCCAGAAAGGUUUGCUAAUUGUUCGAGGUCAAUCUCAGCUAAGUUCGAACACCACUCAGGACCUAAGACUAAGCCUUUUAAAAAGGGUGGAACAAGGAAGUUUACGAUGACGGGUAUGAAGAACCGGAAGGGUAAAGACAACAGUUUUGAUGAGUUAAUUGUGGUUGACUUUUGGGUAACGAGUUGCUACCAUUGUGAUUAUGCAAUUCAGUUGAUCAAUUAG